AUGGCUCAACUCAGCAGGGAGCAAACCCUUUUGGUCAUUACGAUGCUGAUCUUGUCUUGCUGGAGCACGUCAGAAGUUACGGGCUUUCAUGAUGAGAUGGUGAAGGCCAAGGAACGUGGGGAAUGGAUGAGCUGGGCGCAGACAGUCACCAAAUGCGGGCUGGGAGGCUUCUUUGCUGGGGCUCUGCUUGAGAGCACCCUUGGUCUUGCUACCGUGUUUGCAUCUCUUGGAUGGCUUACAGGCGGCAUGGCCAUUUCCGAGUUCGGAGUCUUUACAGCGCUCGGAAAGGCCACAGGCCUUUUCGACUAUUUUUACACAGAGGAGUCUGAACCCUUGCUUGCGAGGGAGAUCUCCUGGGCCAAUGCAGCUUCAGCCUUCCUGCUCUUAAACGUGUUCUGCUGCAUUGCGGGACCUUUAAUCCCAAAUCAACAUGUUCGAUGUCAAUAUGCCAUCCAUGGUUUAGGGAUUGUGCCAUUGCUGUUGGUCACCCUCGGUGCUCUGUAUGUGAGCCCGCCACUUCCGGUGAUUUGGUCACUUCUGGCAGUUGUGUUGUGCCAUGUUUUGCUGGCGCUCGGGGCUUCAAACCAUCACCUCGUGCUCAUUGCCGCAAACCUGCUGCUCCGCUGCUUGCCUGGCAUUGCAGGCUGCGUGGUGGCGCAGCAGGCUGCAAGGAUGAACCCAAUAUUCAAAACGUUUGUUGGUCUGGUUGUGGUCGUCAUCACCAUGCCGGCUAUUUUGCCUUGCAAGAGCUCCGACAGAGGGGACAGCACACUUCUGAAGUGCGCUGGCAACGCAGCAUACUCCGCAAUCCUUCUUGCAUGCAUACUUUUGGCUUGUGCUUUUGGCGUUUGGAUCCUGUAUUACCUUGGCAAGUCCGCUUUGGAGCUUGCUGGGCUCUGCGUCAAGUGGACGGGACUCGUUAUGUCUGCGCUGUUUGUCUACGCGCUGCUCAAUGACCUGGGCCACAAGUCACAAGAGACAGUCCUGCAAGAGAUGCGAGAGUCCCCCUUGUCGAUCCUGGAUCUCGUGCCGCUUCUGACGCGCGCCAAAGCUGCGGAGGUCAGAAACGACCUCGUCCAGCAGCCUUGA